AUGGAUCAGACUAGCUCUAAGAAAUCGGACACCAUGGAUAAGACUAGAGGUACCCUCAAGAAAUCUAUUCUCGCCAUUGAUCUUGGCAGCACCGCGCUCCGCGCCGCCUUCGUCGAGUGCGAAGCGCCCUACAAUUACAUUCCGAUUCAAAACAGAAAUGCACAAGCCAAUCAAGACGCAGGCGCACCUGUCUCGGGCAUGGGCGACUUUCCCGUUACUUGCUGUCCCCUCGACCCCAACGAUCCCUUUGCCAGGAUCGGAGCCGAUGCGGCCUCCGAACCUGGCCAUGUAUCCGCCAAGUAUUUAAUGUACAUCCUCGCCAACGUCGAUGACUCGGUCUUGGCCGAUUACCCUCUCCCGGCGGACCUUAUGACCCUUAAGGAGGACGCACAGCUCCGUGAAGACUGCCGAACUAUCUUGGCCGUGCUGUUUGGACGCCUGAGAGAGCGCGUGGACGAGUACACCAAAAGAAGGGACCUGUAUUUCGACGAGAUCAUCUUGACCAUUCCCAGCCAGUGGGACGCAACUUUCGAGGCAAUUUACGAGUCUAUUGUCAAGGAGGCUUUCGCCUAUGAGAGCAAGGAUGGCGAGAAGAUCGAGAAGAAUGUCCACUUCUGCGGCGAGGCUGACGCGCUGGCGCGUUAUAUCAUCCUCCAUGAGGAAAAGGAGCUCGAUGACUGGGAGGUCGUUCUCUUCCUCGACUUUGGAGGUCACUCCAUGUCUUUUGCCACUAUGGAACUGAAGAGGACCAAGAACACUGGUGGCUCUGACAACUCCAACAUGACCUUCCUGGACCUGGACUCGGGCGGCUGUGCCGGUGGAAGCGAGAUGUGGUCUCACCAAGUCGGCCAGUUGAUCAGCGAAAAGCUUAGGGAGACCGGAGUGGCAGAUGCUAAUGAAAGGAAGAAGUUCAAACUUCUUAGUUAUUUCAACAGCAAGAAGAUUGGCUUGAUGGAUCAAAUCAGGGAGGGUGGUGUUCUCCCCCUUGUUUGCUGGGAUGAACAUGCUACCCUCACCACUAUUAAUCUAUCACACGAGGAAAUCAAGCGCUGCUUCGACACGGCGCUUGAGAGACCAGUCGCAAUGGCCAAAGAGCAGCUCAGGAAGUUGAAAGGCUAUAGCGGAGACAAGAAGAUCGGCGUAGUGGUAGCCGGAGGAACUCUCAAGAGCAACACAGCAAGGGAAGCAGUCUUCGCCGAUUGUGAUAUUCCGGAAAACCGGAUCAAGUAUACAACCGAGAUCGAUGUCACUUGGCUUUCAUCGUGCAACUGUCACGGCGCAGCAUUGGCCCACGCGAAGAAGAUGACGGUGGCCCAGUUUUUCGAGCAGGGCGCUGUGAUUGCUCUUCAGCAGAAAGGUCCUGAACGCAACGCUGAGUGGGAGGGUUUCGCCUAUCUCCUGGUCGGGAAUGAUAAGAAGUAUGUGGCGAGCGUGUAUAACAGAAAGACGGGCGCGGAGUUCAAGUUAGUCUGCAAUCCCAACUAUGCUCAGAAGGUUACGGCAGACAAAAACGAGCAGGACAACGCCGGUGAAGCAGGAACAAGUGCUGGUUCAGUCACAAACGCGCCAGACAACAGCGACUCGGACCCCAACACCAAUUUCAUCAUCCCAAUCGAGGAAUGCUAUGAUUUGUGGCCACUUGGCCCCCAGCUGGCUGGAAGAGUUAUUAUCGAGGCAUCCUUGACCUCACCAAGCGGCACUGCGUCAUCUGAGAGGACUCUCCAUAUUUCAAUCAGCCGCAAGAGUCAACGAGCUGGUCCAGGAGAUAAAGUCAUAGACCUCCCCCUAUUCCUCGACCCCGGACACAACGCUGUUCAUGUUGAUGUUGACGCGCUCGGCCCAGAGGCGUCCAACCAGCAAGCAGCGUUGAGACAGCGUGAAGAAGAGGAGGCAAAACCUGAACACGCUACAACAGAGGCUCCAUCUGAGCAAGGCUCUGGAGUCAGGCCUAGUAGUUCUAAUAAGUCGGCUACAGCAAAGGCAUCUAGGACCAAGCGGAAACGGAAGGACACAAAUGCUGCUCCGGCCCAACCCAGCAAAAGGCUACGAACCCGUGCCGAUCUUGGCUCCGACCACGAGUUUCAGCAAAUUGACUACUAUGCCCCCCCUGUGCAGCGCAAAAGAAAAGCGACUGCCCCUGCUUCUUCUACAGCAACGAAGAAAGCACGAAUUGCUACCCCCGCCCCCCAGCCCAACACCCACCAGAUUCCUGGCAACCAGUCAGAUGAAGACCUCCAAGGGCAGCUCCAAGAGCAGCUGUCCCGAGAGUCCAAUGCCGCCCAAGAUGACGAGCAAAUCGAGGAGCAGCCACAAGAGUGUUCCCAUACCCAGGAAGUGCCCCAGCACAAUGACGAGGACACACAUGUCCAUAUCGACGACCAGCUCGACAACGAGCUGGAUAAAAACCACGAGCCUGCCGCCACAGCAAGCGGCAACCACACCCAACCACCACCCCCACCCCUUUCCCCUGAGCGCAGCAGCUCCAAUAACCUCAACGUCAACGGCAACAACAACAACAACCUCAACGGCAACAACAACAACAACCUCAACGGCAACACCUCCAGUUCCACUCGAACCCGAACCGCCGCGAACGCCAGGGGGGCCACGGCCACAAGGACUAGGUCCCAUACCCCUGCACAUGCCGACCGGCCGGCAACAACAUACACCAACGGCAGGUUCGCUCCGAGGAGCAGCCCGCCCAAAAGACACCGGACAGAACCCCUUCCGGAACAACGUGGGCAACCCCAGCCCAGGCGAUCAACUCGCCAACAAAAGGGGAAGUCACCGGUGGUUGCCUCGCCAGCAGCCACCCGGCAACAGCAACAACAACAGCAACAACAACAACCUCAAAAAGGGCAAGAAGACCCUCAACCCGGUCCCCAACACGCACCUCGCCCCGAGCAAGAGGCUAGACCUCAAGCCGGGCCAUCACAAGCCCAAGCCCAAGCCCAAAACGAGGCUGAUGAUACCACACCCCCCGCUACCGCCGCCGACCCCAACACUCUCCAACAGGUCGCCACAACGGUUCUGGCAUACGUGGCAACACACCCUCACCUACCCCCCCGUCCCACCCGCAUCCGCCAGCCUGCUCCGGAGGGAAAUAGGGAGGACGAGGGGGUGAUACUAGAUAGUAUUACGGUUAAUCCUGACCCUGAUGAUCCCCAGGCUGAUCAGGUCAAUGUCGAUGAGGAUGACCAGGUUGAUGAUGAUGACAAGGAAGAUGAUGACGAGGAUGAAAAUGAUGGUGACGGCGGCGAUGAUGGUGAUGGUGAUGAUGAUGGGGAUGAUGAUGGAAAUGGGCCGGGGUUGCCGGAUCUUGCGAACGGGGAGGGGGCGCAAGGCAAAUCAUCUUCGUCUGUGCAGAAUCUACGGGGGGAGAGCUCUGGCAGUGGAAGUGGUAGUCGCAGUGGAAGUGCCAAUGGACGGGGACAUGAGGACGAGGCGGAGGAGGGCAGCGUGGGGGAGGAAGUCACCCUUCGCGGCCCUGUCCCCUUUUCUCGGCUCCCAAGGUUUCAGGCCCGCGCCUCCGCUUCUCCACAGGCACAGGGACAGGCACGCGGCGAAAGGGGUAAUCGGGUCAACGCUGCUGAGAGGAAUAAGGAGAACCAGCGGCAGCAGACGACCGGGGCCGGGACUGGGGAGGAAAGCCGACCCAGACCCAGCCGCGAAGAAAAAGGCAAGGGCAAGGAGGUUGUCAAACCUGCGCCCAAGCCUGCACCCACGUCCACGCCAACGCUCGCCCUGCGGGCUUUUUAUGGUCAAACCUCCUCCGCCGCAGCCUCUUCUUCCUCCUCUGCCUCCGCCAUCCCCAACACCGCCCCGCCCUCCAAGCCCAAGGGCAAGGCCAAGGCCAAAGCCAAAGGAGCCGAAAUCCUCGCCCCUCUCUCCCGCACCGCCCUCGCCGCCUUGAUAGAAUCAACCGGCCCAACCGGCCCAACCGGCUCAACCGCCCCAACCGCUCCUCCGCCCAUCCCUCCCCGCCCCAAGCCCACGGACAAGGGCAAAGGUAAGGACGAUGUGGUCGUCCAAACGACUCCGAUCCCUCUGCCUAGAUAUGCUUCGGCGUCGAGGGCUGGACGGGGGGUGGACGGGGAUGGGACGGAAGUCGAGGGGGGGCGGGAGCAGGUCGUGGACGUGGACGGGGACGAGGACAGUGUCGAGUAUGGGAGUAGAGUGCUUCGUAGUGGUAUUAGGGGAGAUAACAACAGCAAGGGGAAAGGGAAGGAGAGGGAGGAGGUCAACCAGACGGCUGGAGAGAGUAGCAGGACCGGCGGCAGCAAUGCCAAUACACCUCUAACGAGGAAGAGGGCCCGUAUUGGCAUUGAGGACCUCCUCUCGUCUCCGCUUCAGCGUCAACCUCAACCUCAGGAGGAGGACGACUCUUCUCCGGCGAGGAAGAGGCAAAGAACAGGUGGAGGUGGAGCUGGAGGAAAAGGAGGAGAAAGUUCGAAUGCGAAGAAGAAGAGGAAGCGCUCUUGA